AUGACCAUGAUCUUCGGCCUGGGUGUUCUGCUGCAAGUUGGUAUGAUGUGGAGUGAAGCGGCGAGAGUCGAUAAGGUGGACGUCGUAGCUGUCCUGCAAGACCAGGUUCAGCUCAGUGGAGCCUACGGGAUUGCCGUCGCGGGCGACUACGCCUACGUCACAGGGCAGUUUGAUGAUGGGGUGUCGGUGCUCAACAUCGCGGAUCCCACUAGCCCAGCUGUGGUAGGGUCUUGGUCCAUCAAGGACAACGAUAUCUUGGACUAUCCCCAAGGCAUCGCGGUCAGAGGAGACUACGCUUACGUGAGUGGGUACUAUGACUUUGUGUCAUUCAACAUCGCCGAUCCCAGCAACGUGACGAUCGUGAGCUCAGUGCGAGAUUCUGCGCUGCUUCUAGGGCUUCAUGAUGUUGUUCUCGAGGGGAACUACGCCUAUGUUUCCUCUUCGUUUCAGAGCAGCUUUGUGGUGUUCGACAUCACUGACCCGACCAAUCUCACCGUCGCAGGAUCCAUCAAAGACUCCACCUUGCUGUAUUCCGGCAGGGGCAUUGACAUCGUCGGUGACCUUGCCUAUAUGGUCACUUCAAACAGCAACCUUGACCUUGCUGUGUUCAACAUCUCCGACCCGAGCAGCCCCACCCCUGUCGGCCUCUUCAACUCGGGAGGUCAAAUGGACGGAGCUUCUCGCAUCGCUGUGGUCGGGAACCGCGCCUACGUGACAGCGCAAGGACCCAAGGCAUUGGUGGUGCUCGACAUCACCGACCUGUCCAAUAUCGCUAUCCACAGCAUGCUCUCGAAUGUCACCCUGCUUGACCAACCCAUGGGCCUCGAGAUCGUUGGGAACUAUGCUUACGUCUCUACUCUGCAUGGCGUUGUGACGGUUGAUAUCAGCGACCCAAGCAGCCUCGCUAUCGUCGGCAAUGUCCAAAUUACUGACGACUUGUCAGACUCAAAUACUUUCGCACACGGCAGGACCUUUGCCGUUGUCGGGAACCGUGCCUACGUGGCCUGCAACAAUGGCUUCAUGCACCGUGGCGUGGCCGUGAUCGACAUCAGCACUCCAACCAACCUCAACGAAGUGGCCUUCUUCGGUGAAAACCCCCACAGUAGCUUCGAGGAGGCCGCUGGUGUGAAAGUCGACGGGAACUUUGCCUACGUGGUCGGCGACGAAGGUUCUCUUACCGUGGUCGACGUCAGCAACCCGCACAGGCCAAGCGUCGUAAGCAGUAUCUGGGACCAGAGGCUGGACGGUGCCGAAGGGCUUGCAAUGGCUGGAGACUAUGCUUAUGUGGCUUCGAACGACUACGACGGCUUGGUCGCGGUCCACAUCGCCGACAAGGCCAACUUGACCAUCGCGGGCUUUCUCCAAGACGGCGCCCUCUUCGACGGUGCCACGGACGUGGCGAUCGCCGGCAGCUACGCGUUUGUGACCGCCUAUAGCGAUGACGCCGUGACAGCGGUCGACAUCAGCGACCCCAACAACCUGACGGUCGCCAGCCACUUCACAGACGGCGCCCUCGAUGGCGCGGAGAAUAUCGUGAUCGGCGGGAACUUUGCCUAUGUGACGGCCUACGCAGAGGACUCGCUGACCAUAGUGGAUAUCACCGAUCCGUACAACAUGAAUGUCGCGGGCACCAUCAGGGACACCAGACUUGAUCAAGCAAGAGGCCUGGCGGUUGUCGGGGACUACGCCUAUGUGGCUUGCCACAACACUGACGGCUUCGCAGCCAUCAACAUCACGGACCCGAGCAACCCCACCAUCGCAGGCUACAUCCAGAGCUCGACCCUGCUUGAGGAGUCCUGGGGGGUUGCGGUUAAUGGUAACUACGCUUUUGUGACGUCAGAGGGUCAUCACUCCGUGACGAUGAUCGACAUCACUGACCCAAGCAACCUGACCAUCGUGGGCAAUUGGCAGCACCCCGCACUGCGCGAUUCCCGUGGCAUUGCGAUCGCGGGUGCAUAUGCUUAUGUGACCGGACACGAUUCCGACUCCUUCUUGGUGUUCAGCAUUGAUGCGACGACGACCACAACGGUGAUUACGCACACCAACACCAUGACGACCAACACCGUGACCGCCGUCACGGGGACCGUCACGACCGUCACGGGGACGACCAUCACGGGGACGACCGUCACGGGGACGACCAUCACGGGGACGACCGUGACGGGGACGACCGUCACGGCGAGUGCCACCGCCACUGUCACUGCCACGCAGACCGUGACAGUGACCGCCGUCACGGGGACCGUCACGGGGACGACCGUCACGGGGACGACCGUCACGGGAACGAUCGUCACGGGGACGACCGUCACGGGGACGACCGUCACGGGGACGACCGUCACCCCGAGUGCCACCGCCACUGCCACUGCCACGGAGACCGUGACAGGCACCAUGACAAUGUCCAUGACUACGACGGUGACGAGUCCGGUCACAGGAGAGUCAGACAUAAGCUAUGCUUUGCACAGGAAGGCGUCAGCUUUUGCCUCAUUCAUCUUUCUUGUAGUCUUGCAGUGCUAA